AUUGAGCGGCGUUGCUAGGAGAAGGAAGACGUAAAAUAAUAAAAAAAAGAGGACGCCCCAGCGCCGAGGCCUAGUUCGAUUAAUAUUCAUAAGGAGCCUCCCAAGGAGAGGGCCAGUGGGAGGGGAGAGCGCGAAGGCGGCAGCGGAGGGGGCGGCGGCGGCUGUUUCUGCCUCUCGUCUCUCCCCCGCCCUCAGUCCUUCAUGGCGCUGGCCGGCAGGGCGGCCGCGGCAGCUGCGCGGUGGCGGCGGAGGCGCUGAGCCGGAUGGAAGGCGGCUGCCGGCGGCGGCCCCAUAAUCGCGCGCCCCGCCCCUCGUGGAACGCCGCGCGCCCCAACGUUCGGCGAUGGAAGCUGCGCGGGCGGCCCCCCCGGGAGGCAGAGCGGCGCCGCGGCCGGCCAAGGGGGACGCCCGCCAAGCAGCAGCAGCCCAGCAGAUCCAGCAGCAGCCCCAGACCCAGCAGAGGCGGCGGCGGAGGCGCGCGGCAGACGGAGCUCCGCUGGCGGCCCCCGGGGCUCCCGCCGCCACCAUGACGACGACGACGGCGGCGGCCCCUUCACUGCUGGCGCGCCGGGGGCGGCUGAAGAGGGACCCCCCCGCGGCCGCCGCCGCCGCCGCCCCCCGCAGCCUGGACCGGCGCGCGCUGCUGCUGCUCCAUCCGCCGCCGCCGCCGCCGCCGCGCCACCUCCAGCCCCUGCAGGCGCCCGAGCGCGACUGGGUGCGGCGGGACCUCCAGCGCGGCUGCGUCCAUGUCCUCUGCUGCCGCCACCGGCACCCCCAGCAGCACCCCCAGCACCGAGGGGGCGGAGGCGGGUGCUGCUCGCUGCGCCCGGUCCUCUGCACCCUGGAGACGCCCGCCGCCCAGGUCGCCGCCCGGCUCCUCCAGCGCGGAGCCCACGCAGGCGGCGCCCUCCGGGUGGUGGGCAAGGACGCGGCGGCCGGAGAAGGAGAAGACGGGGAAGCGCCGCCCGCCGCCCCCUCGCCCUCGCCCUCGCCCGCCGGCAGCCUCAGCCUGAGUCCGGUCCGGAGGCCGCGGAACCGUCGGGGCCGCCCCCGCCCUGCCCACCCCCAUCCCCACGCCGGCGGGGCAGCAGCAGCAGCAAUCGCGGCGCCCCCCGAGGGCAGCCCCGGCCGGGCCAGCAGCCAGCUCUACCUGUCGGGGCCGCCGCUGUCGUGCCCGUCGCUGCUGGGCGCCUCCGACCCCGAGAGCUCCUCCGACCGCCUCCUCGCCGCCGCCUCCUCCUCGGCAUCGGCCUCCUCGUCCGACGAGCUGGAGGAGGAAGGGGACGAAGAGGAGGAGGAGGAGGAAGAGGAGGAGGAGGGGAGCGGGGCCGGAGAGCCCCCCGGGAAGGACCCUGGAGGGGGAGGCCGGGCGGAGGAGGCCGGGGAAGACGCCGACGCCGGCCCGGCGCUCUACGUGCAGCUCCCCGGCGAGCCGGCGCGGCGGCUGGAGGCCCACGAGAAGCCGCUGCAGCUGCAGCACGACUACCUGGCGCAGCUGGGCCUCCGCGACCCGUGGCGGCUGCAGGACGAGGGCCUCGACGCCGAGACCGGCUGCCUCAUCCGCUUCUAUGCAGGAAAGCCCCCCAGCACUGGCAACUCCGAACGCUUUCAGCUCUCAGGAACGUACAAUGUUCGAAAAGGGAAAAUGCCAGUCAACAGAUGGACAAGACGCCAAGUUAUCCUUUGUGGGACGUGCCUAAUUGUAUCCUCGGUAAAAGAGAGCCAGACUGGAAAGAUGCAUGUGCUCCCCUUAAUUGGCGGAAAGGUUGAAGAAGUUAAAAAGCACCAGCACUGUUUAGCGUUUAGCUCUUCUGGACCUCAGAGCCAGAGUUAUUACAUCUGUUUUGACACUUUUACUGAAUAUCUUCAGUGGCUCCAGCAGGCUUCAAAGCUCUUUACCCGGGUUCUGUUCAUGUUCAGCAUUGUAUGUGUCAUGGCCCUACGGGGCAAAAAGGUCGCAGACAGUAAAAUGAAGCACAACGUGCCUCUGUUCUUUUCCCACAGAGCCCUGAGGCGGGGGAACACAACCCAUUUAGUAUCUGCCUACCCAGUUCACAUGUAA